AUGUUCAAUGCGGCUCUAAAUUCUACUCGGCAUAUUGAAUUAUUUGUUGAGUAUUCGUCUGUUGGAAAUGCCUUAAUCCCACCAAUUGUUGAUCAUGGUGUUGGAUCAUCUACGAGGUUUGAACCUAUGAGCAUCGACUGCGGUAUGAAUGAGCAAACAGACGUUGCAGAUGUUGGAUUGAAUACUCAAGAGAAUGUACAAGAGCAUGCUGAUGUUGAUGUUGUACGAGGAGACCUUGCAGAUCCAGAAUUGUCGUCAUCAUCGUCUGAUGAUAUUUUAAGUGAUGAUUCCGAAACUGGCGACAGCUGGGAGUGGUUUUUGGAUCAUGUCAGAAUUCAUGUGGUGCAGUACGAAAGGGAGGUAUGCAUCAUUUCGGAUAGGCACAAAGGAAUCCUCAAGGCUAUGCGUUCAGAUGAAUGGAAAAAGCCGCCGAUAUGUCACCACAAAUUUUGUUUGAUCCAUGUGAGGAAAAAUAUCUUGACAAAACUAAAGGGUAAGGGAGGAAAAGCAAAAGGCAUGAUAUGGGCAUUGGGUGUCACAACUCAAGUACGCAAGUACGUGAGAAGGCGACGUGCACUACGGGAGGAAAGUCUUAUUGCGAUACACGAGCUCAACAAAGCCAAAAAAGAGAACUGGUCUCUUUGCUACGAUGAUGAACUGAGAUGGGGGGUGCCCUCGACAAACAUGUCAGAGAGCUACAACAACGUACUGAGAGGUGUAAGAGAGUUGCCAAUAAGAGCUUUGGUUGAUCUGACAUUUUGGCGAACAGUUGAAUGGUGGGCAGAUAGAAAGACAGAAAUACAACAAACCGAAGGUCGGUUGACCCCCUGGGCGAGGGACAAACUUGUUGCGAAUGAUGCGAAGGGGCAAAUGCAUUACUGUUCAGUAGUCGCCCGAGAAUUAGGUCAUUACCAAAUUCGAAGUCGUCCACGUGUUGAAAAUGGAAAGUCAAAGGGCGAUAACAGACAAGAUGUCGAGUUUAUGGAUUCAAAGUGCAGUUGUGGGAAGUGGCAGAUGUGGAGAGUCCCUUGUUCACAUGCGUGCACCGUUGCCAGAGAUCGAGGUAACUCUAUUUUUGAACUCAUUGAUAAACACAACCACAAAGCUACAUGGGAAGCACAGUACUAUGGUGUCUCAUUUCAAGCACCAAGACACCAAGACUAUUGGGCAAAUCCUGGAUGGAAAUUGCGUAUCACCCCUGAGCAGUUGCUUCCUCGAAAGCGCGGACGAGGCAGAACAAGGAGGAUUCCUAAUAAAAUGGAUAUCCGCGAGGAAGAUGAACCGAGAGCGCCCCGCAAGUGCAGGAAUUGCGGCGUAGAAGGACAUGACCGAAGAAACUGCACAGUCGGUCGUGUUAUGUAG